UCUCGUUAGAAUUAUUCCCGUGCACUUCCGGGCACAGCUCACUUCUACAGUUUAGCUCCAAGACCCCGAGAGCUUUUGGCUCCCAGUCCUGGAUCUAUAGAAAUGGAGAUCACGAACGUGAACACUUACCGUGACCUUAUAGCACAAAGGGGUAAAUACGUCGAGGAUGUCUUACGGAGCGGAGAAUAUGACCCUUUUCUUCUGCACCAUUCCUUCCUACUUUUGGCACUGCCACUUGCUGCCUUAUUCAUUCCUCACAGAAAUGCUCUUCUGCGAGCAUCUCGAUAUAUAUUCUUUCCAUUGAUUCUCGGUUUGGGAUCCUACAUUAUCGUGUACACCAAGGCCUCCGCAGUUGGCAAUGGCUACUGCAUCGGCCUUGUUACCACAUGGUGGAUUCUUUGGUCUGCCAUUAUGCUUAUUAUGAAUGAUGUCCAAAAGGACUUCAAGAGAAUUGAAAAAUUCUCAGUUCCUGCCAGUGAUGAUGCAGACAGGCAACGAGUCAACCGUACUCCGGAGCCUCCACGCAUGGAUUCAAGGGUGAACGGCAAUGACUCGUCGGUCAGACAUCGUCAUACUUCAACUACACAGGAUCCUCCUCCACCGGGAACAGACAAAAAUUAUAAAGAAGUGCUUCGAUGGCAAUCAUAUCCUGAGUCGCUUGGACACCGUUUCAACUGGAUCCUGGGCCUGCUGUUCAACUUUCGAGGCACGGAGUGGAACUGGAGGAUAUCUGUUGUUCCCGCAUUUCCACAACCCAUAGCUGACCAAAUGGAAGGGAAUUCCUCUAGUGUGGAUACGUCCGAAGUCAUUGAUCUUCGGGAAUCUCGAGAGUGCCUCAAACAGGCCACUUGGAGAUUCUUGAGAGACUACAUCGCUCUUGACAUAAUCAAAGUGAUCAUGAUGCGUGAUCGCUACUUUUGGGGCCUCAUCUCGGACCCAACCCCGCCCCUUUUCCCUUUUGGCAUACUAGCCUCGAUCCCUCUGCUUCUCCGUCUCUAUCGUCUGGUUUUAUCCUGCAUUGGGGUCUUCGUCGCAAUCGAUUUCGUGACGUGCCUGAAUCCCAUCUUCUUUCUCGGUUUCUCUCUGGCCUUUCCAAAUGCUUCGCGGGCUAUGACGAGCGUACCCCUUGAAGCUGCGUGGCUUUACCCUGACGAAUUCGGACCUUUCAGACAGUCCAUAUUGGACCAUGGCAUCGCUGGCUGCUGGGGUAUAUGGUGGCACCAGCUCUUCCGCUUCAGUUUCUCUGAACCCGCCAGGUGGCUAUCGUCAUUCCUUCCACGCGAACUACGUCACAAUGGAGGCCGGCGUGUCGUCUACUUACUCGCCCCCUUCGCCAUAAGCGGCCUGCUUCAUGCAUUUGGAAGCUACUGCCAAACAGCAGCAACCGAGCCGUGGUCUGGUCCGUUUCCGUUCUUUUUCCUACAGAGCGUUGGCCUCGGUGUACAACGAGUCCUAGCUAAACACGUUUUACCAAAGAUACUGCCAUUUCAACCACCUUCAUGGCUGCGCAGAGCGACAAACCUCACAGUUGUUAUCGCGUGGUUUGUUUUCACGGGCCCUGUUGUCACAGAUGACUUUGCAGCUGGUGGAGUGUGGUUAAUUGAGCCUGUUCCGAUUAGUGUUGUUCGCGGAUUGGGAUUUGGAGCUGAAGGUGAUGGUUGGUGGCGCCUUCGUGGACAUUGGCUCGAGUGGUGGAAUGGGAAGACAUGGUGGCAGAGUGGAAUUCGGUUCGUAUGAUGCGAUACCCACGUGCAGUAUACCUUUUGGAUCUGUGUAAGAGGACGAGACGAAGGAUCUGCUCGUUCCAAGCGGGCUCUAUAUAUUAUCGUUAUUAUCAUUGUUACUCGUAUCAAUCAUGAUCCACCGUUCACCAUCCACAAGGUUACCGUGCGUACGUAUAUAGUUCCCUGAUGAGAAAAAAGGAUCAAUGAUACCCUAACAAGUACACCAUGAG